AUCGAAUCGAAGCAGCAACUGAAUUAACUCGUAUAGCACCAUUAAUUUCAUUUAAUCUCUGUGAAAAUCAAUUAUCGGCAUUAACAACAACAACCACACCAAUUAUAGGACAAUUAAUUACAAAAGUGUUAAAUAUAGGUGGGACUGGAGUCAAUGUUGUACCCCUAAACAACGUGGAUCCUCCAGAAAUAUUACCAAAUCCAUCGCCACGGAUUCCUGUUGCUCCAUUAUUGAGAAAACAAUACGUGAACUUACUUGUACUAGGUCUUACGCAAUCGGGCAAAUCAUCGCUAUUAAAAUCAUUGUUAAGCAUCCCAACCGACAGUAAUUCAUCGGGUCAAAGAAUUUUAUUUUCAUUACACAAAACAACGAUUGAUCACCUUGUUAUUCGAGCAUGCGAUUUUCAAGGUAUCAAUCAUUUGAAAAUUAAAUACGAAGAUAUAUUACAACAUUUAUUAAACAACGAAAUUUCUCAGCUGGAUCGCAUCAUCAUAUGUUUUAAAUACGAGGAAAAUAUUCAGCCUGAUACACACAUCUAUUUAUUUAUUCUGUUGAACUAUUUAAAACUAAUCGGACUGAAAGGUGAAAAUAUCAUUUUAGCACUCACAUUCUGUGACCACUUCAAAUCUCAAAACGAUAUUCAAGAGUAUGUAGAACGAAUGAAAAUAAAUCCGUUGGUUGGCGAGUUGUUUCAGUAUGCUACUAAAAUUAUACCAAUAAUAACAAAAGGGAAUUUUAAUUAUCGUCAAAUGAUUAUUGAACAAUUAUCAAAUGAAAAUGUUCAACCGGUAUUACUAGAGAAGGCUAAUAACAAGAAUAAUUCUCAGGAAACAUUUUUAACAUUCAUAACAGAUGUAUUAAAUGAAGUACGCGACGAAUAUCACAGAAUUACCGAUGAUCCGAACAUGUCCUACACAGACGAGAUCUGGAAAAAAUUACAAUUAUUAAAAGGGAAGGAGAAUACAUUCGAAUUUGCAGCACAAAUCAAUUGUUUAAUCAGUUAA